UUAUAUCAGGGAAUGUAAAUUUACAAAAUUGUUAUGUAUAAGUAAAACAACUUUGUUCUUCUGUAUCUCAAAAUUGAUUUUAUAUUACUUAUAUAGUACGAAGUUCAUCAUUUGCAAUAAGGAAAUAAAAGUGAUUAUUAUGUACUAAAAUUGCAUUAUGUCGCAACUUACGUUUAUUUUGUGUGCUUGCGUAAACUUCACCAUUUUACUCUGUGUCUCUGCACAAAUUUAUGAAUCGACUAAUGACAACAACAAUAGCAAUUAUUAUUUGCCAGCUUAUGCUAUUGCUGCAGCAUCUUCGGGCCUUCUGAAUUUGACGUUAUGUGAAAAGGAAUUACUAAAUUUCCGAGAUGCUGUCGAUCAACGAAUACUCUGGAGUUUAAGAGUGUUGGAUUCUAGCGGUGAAUUUCAAUCUGGUUUUCUAUAUGGAAAUAAUUAUUGGCUGGGCAGUCGUAGUCAGUGUUUCGAUACGAUGAAUACUGCUUCUCUACAGAUUUCAAAGCGGCAUUUAUUAAAUAACACGCUGUAUCGUGAUCCACAAAAGGAGAUUCCACCUUUUAAAGUGAAUUACUUCAUUGCCCAUUUUAAACAUAAUAGUACUCUUCAGUACCAUGUUAAUCUAGCUAACGAAGAUGUAAUGACACUUGGCCUCUGUUUACCGUCAUCAUGUUCUGAAAAUGACAUAAGUUUUAUUCUAGAAAAAAUAUUCCGUGAUAGAAUUCUUCUAAUUAGUGAUCUUUAUUCUGCGGACUUUAAAUUGAUUCAGGUUAAAAAUCUAAAGGAUAAUUAUGAAUGGCUCACUAGUGGUGCUAUACCUUUCAUUUGCGUUAUUUUACUGCUUUCUAUUUUUAUGGUAACAAUUGGAACAAUAUAUGAUAUAUUCAUAAAUCGGAAAUAUUCAAAUAAGAAGAGUAAGAUUAAUAAUAAUGGGAAAACUUUAAUUCAGGAAAUAGAAAUCGAAACGGCUUCGUCUUUAAAGAAAAGUAGAAUUGGAAAAAUAUUAUUAUGCUUUUCUGUUGUUACAAAUACAAAAGUAAUAUUUAAUACGAAAUUACAUGCCGAUACACUACCUGUUAUUCAUGGUUUAAAAUUUCUAAGUAUGUGUUGGUUAAUAUUGGGUCAUACAACAAUUUACAUGGUAGACCAUAUUGAUAAUAAAGUAUGGAGUUGGAAAUUCAUGACUAAUGCAAUUUUUAUCAAUUCACCUAUACCAGUCGAAACUUUCUUUUUUUUAAGCGGACUUUUGGUGACCUAUUUUUAUAUAAAAGAUAAAAUGGAUAAAGAUCGAAAUCAACUAUUUACUUACAGAGCAAAGAUAAAUGAAUUCUUCGUUCUUGUAAUAAAAAGAUAUAUUCGACUGACUCCGACUUACAUAGCGGUAUUAGCAAUAGCACAAUUAUACUCGACUUGGUUUGACAAGACCUCGCUAUUUUUCAUAAGCGAAAGACCGCACGAAACCUGUUCAAAGUAUUGGUGGAGGAAUCUUCUCUACAUAAAUAAUCUGUUCAGUUUUAAAACAAUGUGCAUGAGUUGGACUUGGUAUAUAUCUGCUGAUAUGCAAUUCUUCGUGAUCGGAAUAGCACUAUUAAUUUUGUCGACAGCAUACUUUUAUACGGUUGCGUUUAUGUUGGGUGCACUUUUAAUAAGCUCGAUUGUUCUCGCUGGUUAUUCUUCAUACGUUUAUGAAUUUGUUCCGACGUUGGAUGAACAGUAUAGGUUGUUAGGUGAAUUAUAUUUCCCACCAUGGAUAAGAAUGAGUCCAUAUAUUGUUGGAAUAAUUACAGGUUAUAUUUUAACACAACUAAAUGGAAAAUUGAUUUUGAAAAAGAGAACUGUAAUUUUAUGUUGGUGCUUUGGUAGUGCUUGCAACUUUAUCACGUUAUUUAGCCUUUACGACCGAACGAAAACAUCCAUUCUAGCUAGCGCUAUUUACAUGUCAUUGUAUAGAGUCCUUUGGGCUGUAGGUAUGGCGUGGAUUGUAAUAGCGUGUCUUACUCGGCAUGGUGGCAUCAUUUAUCAAUUCUUAUCAUUCAAAGGUUGGGCUCCUUUUAGCAGACUAUCAUAUGGCGCUUAUCUUUUAAAUCCUAUUAUCAUACGCUGGUUUCGUCUGCAGAGUGAAAAAUCUAUUCAUUUUGAAUUCCUAUCCGUGAUAACUUUGUCUAUAGCAAAUUUUGUAAUGAUUUAUAUCUGUUCUUAUGUACUAUCCUUAAUAGUUGAAGCACCGUAUAUCUUGCUAAUGCGAAAAAUCAUACAAACUCGUAGUAGAAGAAAAAGUAAAUGGCGUAAUAAUGAAAUUGUAAUUUUGCAUACAAAAUUGUAAUGGAUCUAUUGUAACACAUUGCAAAUGAUAUAAAAUGAUAUCUAGUGAUUAUAAUCGCUCAUCUGGAGAUUACGUCCUAUAUAUAAUAAUAAAAUUUAUUUUUAUA